CCCCUGCGCUAUAAAAUGAUGCAGUUUUCCUUUUGAAUGUUACCAUCAUAACUUGCUCUACCUAGAACAAUGUUGAUCAUUUUUUUCAUUAUGUGUUUCAUUCCUCACUCACUUGUUUUCUCACUUCCCGAUCCAUACACCAUAUUUUCUAAGCUCAACCUUCCUCCAGGUGUAAUUGGGGUUGGUUCAGUGUCCUUGGAUCCAUUGAAUCAAGGUCCCUAUGUAGGUACUAGUGAUGGCAGAAUUCUCAAAUACAAUGGUACUGAUUUUUUGGAUUUUGCUUAUCUCUCUCCAAACAGGUCCAAGCAGUUAUGUGAUGGUACAACAGAUAUUAGUUUGGGCGUGACAUGCGGAAGGGCAUCAGGGAUUACUUUUGACUUGGAAACCGGAGAUCUUUACGUUGUGAAUGCUUACGGGGGAUUAUAUGAAGUCGGACCCCAAGGCGGUCAAGCCACACUAAUUGUCACUGAUGCAUAUGGCGUACCAUUCAACUUUCUUAAUGACUGCGUUUUUGAUAAUUUCAGAAGAGUUGUUUACUUCACAGAUUACAGUUUGGUAUACAACAUCACGUAUAAUCUUCUUGGACGUCCUCCUCCUCCAGGAGAUUCAACCGGAAGAUUAUUAGAAUAUGACAUCAGAACAGGAGAAGUGAUGGUACUGCUAGACGGCAUUCCCAGUCCAACAGGACCCGCAGUUAACCCAGACAGCACUUUUAUAGCAUAUGGUUCUGCUACCACUCAACAAAUUUUCAGGUUUUCCUUCAUGGGGCGAAUAAACGAAGUUCUACUACCCAAAUUACCUGGUGCUCCUGCCAAAAUAAAGAAAGCAGUAAAUUUUGGAUAUUUUUGGGUGGCAGUAAACCAAGUGGUUCAGCAGCAACCUAAUCCUGUGGUUCAGCCGUACGGUUAUAAGUUUAAUUUAUAUGGUAACGUAGCUCUGAUCAAGAAUUUCACUGCGGAAUACAGUAACACUCAAGUGGAUGUUGUGCAAGAGUACUAUAAUCGUUCUCAAGGAGCUGGAACCUUGUACGUUGGCCCGCGCGUUGCAAGUUUUGUUGGUAAGUACACAGAAUAGAGAAUAGUGACCCCAUGUACACCAUUUAUUUUUUGAAAAAUAGUCAUUUGGGCUGGCAGUUCAAAAUCAUGCUCUUGUACUACAAAUUACGACAAUGGCGUAAUCCCAUUAAUAAAGGGCCAUUUUAACCAAUAGUAUGUUGACAUAGCCUUGUAAUUUGCAAGUUUUUAGUACGAGAAUUGUUUAUUCGGUA